UGUUGGGUUGAAGAGGAUACACUAAUUGUGUGGAGAUCAUGACUGCCUGGGUCUAGGAAAUUGUCCUGGGGGUUCACAGAGACCCCUUUCACUUUACAUUUUCUAAGCUUUUCCUCAGAAGGGAGAGAUGAGAGCCAAUAGGCAAGGAUAGGAGGCGCAAGAGGGAUAGAAUUGUAAGAGGAGGGACAGACCUAAGUAGCUGGAGAGGCGGUCCCUGCCCAGGUCCCACCCUCCUUCCCUUCAUAUAGUUGUGGUUCUGUCCAGUGGACUACUGCCCUUCCCUCUUUAUUUGGACACAGACAUGGCUCCCAGCCCUCGGUAAGGUCAUGGGACACUGGGUGGGUUAGACUUAAAAGGAGGAUUUCUGGGUCUGCCCUGAGGUAUGAACUUUUUGGGAGUCCAUCUGGGAUGGAGGUCUGGACAUGUGUAGCACCAGAGCCACUUGACCCUCCAAGUAACUCCCCCUAUUCCGAUCUCAGGUUCUUGCUACCUGUCUCUUUGCUGAUCUUGUUUCUGGCUCUAGUGGCUGCAGAAGAUCACUUGGUUUCCACUCUGAAGACCCUGUAUGAAGUGGAAGCUCCGUUGUCAAACAAGCGUACCCUGCAGAUUCAGGGUGAAAGUGAGGGAAAUACUUUAGAGUCUGAGUUCCAAGACGAACCUGACUCUGACUCAAGCGAGGAUCAAGGAGGUGAGGAUCUCGGAGACGAGGAUGAAGACGAGAAUGCACCAGAAGAAGAAGAGGAAGAGGAUUCCCCCUUCCAGAAGGCUGGAGGUGAGCUCGGCACUCUCCGCCUGGACCCCAUGGGAAGGGAAUGUGCCUAUGAAGCUGCUGCAAGGAGCCUUUGCUGAGAAUAAGUCUCUGGUUCUUCUACUCUGUUUUUUGCCCCCACUUUAUUCCUGGGCAAUAGCUCUAUCUCCUCAAUAAAUGCAUCCAAAAAAAAUUCCUGGCCUUAGCAGGACUGGCUGUGGACUAGGGACAGGGGUGUUUGACUUUAGGUUAAAUUGGCAUCCAUCCAAUUUGAAGGCAUCCACUGCCUGGUGGGAGUCUAGUGGCCCAAUCGGUUAGUAGCAGGAGGUUGGAGGGAGCUCAGAUCAGUGUGAUUGGCAUGCUCUUGUCAAUUGGGAAAUUUCUUCACCCCCAAAGGGCAGAAGGAUGAAAUACAGAAUAAGCCUGUUAAGAGGGAAAUUACAGAAGUGUCGGGGUAAAUCCUGGUUAAAACAUCAUGAACUUAUUCAGUGAAAUUAAUCCUAUAAGAGAAAUGGACAAAGAAGGGAGACCAGAACAGCCUGAAAGAGAAGGUGGGGGUGUAGGAGAACAAGGAAUUUGGAUCUAGAAGACCUGCUUAUGAAUCCUGGUUCCCCCUACUAUGCUUUGUGACCUUGGGUGGGUCACUCAGGAUCAGAGGAUUUAGAGAAGGGAUUUGGUAAUCUAGGACACAUUUUUUUUUUUUUUUUCCUUUAAAGAUGAAGACAUCGAGGUCUAGAGUUAAAGGACUUGUCCCAAGAUCAUACAACUAAUCUGGAGCUCAAUGACUUUCACUGGUUGCUUCUUGCUCUAAAUUCUAUAACGCUGGGGAGGUGUGUGUGUAACCCUUCAAACACCCUGCCCUGAGGGAGCACAGAAAAACCUACCAGGACCCGGCACCUUCCCCCUCUCAGCAGAGACCACUUGCCUGUUCUGGUCUCCCCAGCUGAUGCUCAGCCCCUGCCUCUUGCUUCCUUCCCUUCCUGGCCUCCCUCUCCAAAUACUGAAGUCGUCUUAGCACCCUCAGCACAGACGGAGUUCAGGGUAACCCACCCCCCUUUCCCCACAUGCCAGGAAUAACACUCCCCAUUAGCUGAGAAACCACAGCCAUAUAGCCUGUCUGUUUAUAGAUCUGUCUGUCUGUCUUCAUAUAUAUAUA